GGACGUGAAUUUUAGAAGUUUGAUCGAGAACAUUAUCUAAUAUAGUUCGAACACAAAUGCUUAUUUGUUUUUUGAUCGAGUAACAGUUCUGAUUAUUUCAGAAAAAUGUGUUUUUAAUAAAUAUUUUUAAACCGUUGAGUGUAUUGAAUUUGUGAAAAUGAAUGGCAAAACCAUAAGUGAAACUCGUACUUUCUCGCGAGACGACAUGAGAGCAGAAAUUUUAAAUCCGUUUGUUCACAAAUUGGAAUUAGAUAAUACAUUUGAGAAAAUACGGACGGCGAUAUUCACAGUGAUACUGCUGCCGUUCCGGGUGAUCGUGAUCCUCUACCUGAUCGUGACCGCCUGGUUCCUGGCCUGCAUCGGCCUCUAUGGCCUCAGCGAGGAGGACCUUAGGCGGGCGCCGAUGACUGGAUGGAGAAGGUCAUUAAAACCGCUCAUAUGUUUCAUCGGCAAGAUGUCGUACCUAGCCGGCGGCAUGGCCAUCUCUAUCCGGGGCCGCCAAGCCAGCCGCAAGGAGGCGCCCAUCCUGGUGGUGGCCCCGCACUCCUCCUUCCUCGACAGCUGCAUUGUGUACGCUACCAAAAUGUCCUCCGUCAUCGUCCGGAAAGAGAGCAUGGACAAUUAUGUCGGAAAGCUGAUCAACUACACACAGCCGUUGUACGUGUUGCGGGAUGACCCCAACUCCCGGCAGAACACCAUCAAGGAGAUCAUUGAGCGGGCGACGUCCAAGGAGAACUGGCCGCAGGUGCUGAUAUUCCCCGAGGGCACGUGCACCAACCGCUCCUGCCUCAUCACGUUCAAGCCGGGCGGGUUCUACCCCGGCGUGCCCGUGCAGCCCGUCACCAUUCGCUACCCCAACGCCAAGGACACCGUCACCUGGACCUGGGAGGGGCCUGGCGCAUUGAAGCUUCUAUGGCUGACACUGACGCAAGUGCACAGCUCCUGUGAGAUAGAGUUCCUGCCGGUCUACUACCCCAGUGAAGAAGAGAAGAGGGACCCCAAGCUGUACGCCAGAAACGUUCGCGACGUGAUGGCCAAGGCUCUGGGUAUCCCGGUGCUGGAUUACACAUACGACGACUGUAAGCUUCAGCAGAGAGCCAAACAGCUGGGCAUCCCGGGAGCCGCGCACUUGAGAGACAUCACCGAGCUGCGGGCUUCGUUGGGUCUGUCGACCAACAACCGGGAGUUGGAGCUGGUGAACCCAUCGCUAGCCUCCAAGACGCGCUGGGUAGACUACAACACCUUCGCGAGUUGGUUAGGUCUGCCCUACAACAGAGACGCAAAGCGUCUCUACGAUAUAUUUCUGCAUCAUGGAACUGAGCUGGUGUACUUCCCCGACUACUUGGUUUGCGCCUGCUUCCUCGCGUGCCAGCACGAGCCGCUGUCCGUCACGCUGCUCUACGCCUUCAAGAUAUUCACGCCCAACGAGUAUGGUCGGAUGAAUGAAAGGAACUACGAAGAGUUGGUGACGCGGUGUCUGGGGUUUGGACCAGAGGAGACCGUAAUGACAUUCCGAGAGGCUGACCCUGACGGGAAGGGCUACAUCACUUUUGACGAUUUCAUUAAGUACGCGCGGACGAAGCCGGAGCUCGAGUUCCUCUUCGCGAAGGACACGACCCACAAGCCGAAGUCACAAUGAGGGUCGCCGGUUCACAUCCCCACAGUCAGCGGUCAGGUCUAACGACAUCGUUGUGAGAUAACUCAUUUAUUAUUUUGUGUUUCAUUCCUUGAAUUUGAUGCGGUUCUUUUGGUGUUCAAAAUUGAUGAAGGGGCUCAUCGUGUGUGUCAAAACGGAAUGAAAUUGCAGAUAAAACUAGACGCGGAAGGAGGACUAGGAGGCUUACACCUCACAGCAUGCGUCCCUCGACUGACGCGUAUGAAAAUGCAAGUUACUCAACCUAGCUGCAAUGGGAAGGAAAAAUGUUUUUACCCCUUUUCUAUUUAGCAACUUUUCCUAACAAUAGGCAUGAUGACAUAUUUUGAAUAUCUUGGAAAUCGCUUAUGAUAUAACGCCUUAGAAAUAAAUAACGCGUGAGAAAUAAUCAACUUAUUGAACUGUGACGCCAUUCAUGCUUUGGGUUAGGUUAACCUGGAAAAUUGUCGUAUUUUACUCUUUUAUUUAAUCUCAAUAUUAAUAUCAAACCUGAUUAUUAUUUGAGAAUUAUUGCGUUAUAUAUUUUCUCUUAUUUUUUUUACUUCUUUCAUCAUGCCUAUUGUAUUUUAUAUUAAUAUAAUAUGAAAACUUUUGUGAUUAGAAGACAACAGGGAUUGUGAACUUUGAUAAAUAUUUAAUACACUGCACAGUGGGUGUGAUAUAAUGUUAAAAGUGAAGUAAAUGUCAAGUGAUGUAACUUUUGACAUAAUAUACAGUGAUUGCUCAACAUCCGGUUGAUGUUUGCAAGUAUUCUAUUCUAUAGUAUUAAUGUUAGUGCAAAUUACACAAUACUCUGUAGUAUUAAUGGUAUUGUUUGUUACUGUAAGUAAGCUUCUUUAUACGUGGUGUUAGAGAAAAAGUAGAGAAUUAGUUUUAAGUAUUUUACGAUAAUAUGGCUUUAGUGACCUGUCGUCAAUAAACUACUCACCAAUUGAUGUUUUAGUAUGAAAAAACUACUUUAAUAUAUUGUAUGGAUAGAUUUAGAAUAAUUUAUUACGUAUCCAGAAAUGUCGGGACUUUAUAAUCCAAAUGAUAAUUAUUUUGAGUGAUUUUAUGUAUGAUCCCAUUAUGUAUUAUUAGCAAUAUUAGCGGAAUAUAAACUUUUUUUGAGUUUACCGGAUAUUUCGACGGCUUUUUUAUAACUUGGAAUAAUUCUGGGAAAAUGUGUAGCUGAACAAUUACAUUACUGACCGGAUACCGUUGCUGUCUUGUGUCGUGAUCAAGUUUGAAGGUGAAAUCGUAGUAUUGACGACGACCAAGAUCAACAAAGAAAUCGGCUAAGAAAGAGAAGGCAAGACAAGAUUUUGAAAUUUUUGUCUGUGUAAACUUCUAUAACUCAAGAACGGCACGGUCAUCCUGAAAUAUGAUGAUGAUGAUGACUAUACUCUACCCGCGACCUUUAAGAAAGCUCAAAAAUUUGGGUAUAAAAUGUACCCCUAUGUAUUUGUAAAAUUUCAUGAUUGGCUGGGAAGUUAAGACGUAAGAACAGAAUAAACAAUCCCACGUGAUAUUAAAUAUUUUGAUUUCUGUUUGCACUGUUAAUAAUAACUAAUAGGCUCAAAAUUGAUUGUUAACUUGUCUAGACAUAGCGUCUUAUCAAAAACAAUUGGCCAGAACUGAAUCGCUUGUUACGUUGUUCUCUGAGUGAUACCAGCUCUUUAAUAUUUCCUAUAAAGUAGGGAACAAUGUGUUUUGAAUUUGAGAUAACUGACAAUUUUAGUUUCAUAAAAUUGUUUUUUUUUCAUAAUUUUAUCAAACCAUGCAUGGACAGGGUGGCGUUUUUAUCGUCAGGGAAAAUAGGUAAAUCGUUUAUAGGAUACCCCGUCUAGUUUAAGCCUGGCAUUUCCCGCACCGCGAAUUCCCCAGGAAGUUUCUUGGCUCGCACAUCUACUUUUGCAAUAAAUGACCGGUUGCUGUUUUCCCGAACCUAUACGACAUAGGGACCUUCGUGAUAAGGAGCAUAGUCCUUAAAGGCCGGAAACGCAUGUCUUCCCAUGACGUCAGUCACUUGCCCAUUGAUUAUAUAAAAACGUGUAAAUUAACGUAAAUUUCAGACCAUGCUGGACGAUGCAGCGGGAGCAUGUACCAUUUUCUUUCCGAGAAACUGAUCGAGCGAUAUGGCUCAGAUCGGCGUAAUUUUUGACGCAGCGUUCUUUCAAUGUGGAUUAUUUUACGUGUCUUAAUAGAUAAUUAGGAUGAUUUGAGUGAAUGUAUCUGAAAGCUAUUGAAACAAGCUAUAAGACCAUGUAAAAUAAACCAUCUUAUAAACAAAGUAAGGCUCAGAAUUUGGUAAGGGAAUAAUGUGCCGAACGGCACUCUCGCUUUUGGUGUAUCUGAGAAAUCUAGUGCCCUGGCGCACUGCCGAUUUAGGAAGGCUAUUAGGUUUGUAAGUUAUGGAAAUUAUGUAUAUAAAAGUAGGGAUACUCUUUUAAAGAUAUCGACAUUAACCUGUGUUAACAUAGUGUAAUUAAUAUAAUAAAAAUAUUACAUAGCCGUCUGUGUGUUAGAAACGUGAUGCUAAUUAGAAAUACUCCAAAUAUUGAUAUUAAAACAAUUCAUACUUUUGUAGGCCAUGCGAUGUGAUAAUUUUAAGAUUUCUUAUUUAUAUAUUUUUAGUAAUGUAGAUAUUAGUUGUACGAGUGUCUUGUUUUACAAAUUAUUUUAUGUAAAUAAGUACAAUAACUCAAAUACGCUUUUUGCAUAUAGAAUCGGACGCUUGGGCAAAAGUAAAUCAAAAAUCACAAAAAUAUGAUCUGUUUCGUUAUGUUGUGUUAUGUUGCGAUGAAAUAAAUAGUGUUGAGGACUAGUCAAGCAGUAAUCAGAAGUGCCCCGCAUGUUGCAAGAACCUCUGUGAAGUACGCAGCGUAUGCACAGUGGCGGCUUUUUUCAAAUUCAAAUACUUUUAUUCAAAAUAGUAUAGGAAAUUAUUUAUUGCAAGUCAAAAACUAAACCUUAUUCGGAACUGAGGAGAACGGGCGUAAGAAAUUAAGCGGGCUUCUUUUUUUAAAAUAAAAUUUCGAUGCAAACAAGUUUAUAAUUUAUACAGCCCAAGGGCGGUCGCUCCGUUGCCAAUCUGUGGUAUCAUUAGGAAAGUCAUUUAUGUAAUAGUAACCUUUACCACACAAACGUUUUUUAACAAUUCUCUUGAAUUUUGUAUAUUUUUUUUUUUAUGGAAUAGGAGGACAAACGAGCGUACGGGUCACCUGUUGUUAAGUGAUCACCGCCGCCCACAAUCUCUUGCAACACCAGAGGAAUCACAGGAGCGUUGCCGGCCUUUAAGGAAGGUGUACGAGUUGCAAGAGUAAUGCUAAGAAUUAUUGCAGAUUCCACCGUGCUAUUGAAGAACACAUGUUAUACCGUGGAGAAACAGAUAGUGAUCAUUAUCAUUGAAAAAUUGGGACUGAAAAUUUUGUGAACGCAAAUCGUGACACAAAAAUUGCAGUCCUACUGUGCACGUCAUCGCUGCUGGCGCACCCCUGUCAUGAUGCGCACUAGGAACGCAAAGUACGAGCAAAAAGAAUGAAGGCUUGGCUUAAUUUAUAUAGGUUAAAACUAUUCCCAGUGCAAAUUUCAGUACAAUUUAUUAAGCGAAUGUAAAUUAAAGCGAAAACAAUUGAAAGGUUAGUAACACUUGAGAUUAUAAUUCCAUAAAUUAGUACAGGGACGAACCGUAUCAUAUUAUUACUUAUCGCCUGUAUGACGUCACAAAACAGUUGUACCGUCAGUAUCAAAAUAAAUUAAUUUAUUUUACAUAUUUUAACAAAUGAUCUUCAGUUUUAAUAAAGUCGUGAUAAUCUUGACAUAAAAAAUACAUUUAUUUAAAAUACCUAGUAAUAUUAUUACAUAAUUCUUUACACAACGAAAAAAAUGGAGUCAUGACUAGAAAAAUAAAUUGUAUUCACACGACACGCAUCUAAGUAUUCGUUCAAUAGGUCUGACGUCAUUAAAAUGGCGGUCUGCCCCUCUAUCACUUUGCUGGAAUUGUAGGUUAGGAACUGGUUCGAAUCACUACUUGGUGUCAUGCAUUUUUGAGACCUGCGCGGUGACUAAGUAAAGUGUGUAAUUGUGUUUUAUUUUUAAUUAUAUUUUCUCUGUUAGGACAUUUUUUUUAUAAUAUAUGUGAUAUUGGUGUUGACAGUCGAUUAAUUGUGAUCAGUGAUUAGUUUUUAAUUAUUAGUUCCUCACUUAAAAAAAUCACGUUGACCAAUAAAUUAACUUUAUUAUUAAUCAAAAUACACGUAGUAUUAACUAUAAAAUUAUUCGAGAUCGUUUGGUUCCGAUUGCUAAAAUUUUUUGAUAGGUAUACAUAUACAUAUAUCAUAAACUAGCGACGAAAAAAUUUAUUUGUGUGAAAGCCGUUAAGUUAAAUGUAUUAGGUAUGUUUAAUUAUUAAGUUCAUAAAACUAUUAGUGUUUUCGACUAUGUUACACUUAACUAAAAAACAGUUAUAUGGUAUAUGUUUAAUAAAUUCAAGAGAUACUUAUUAUGAUCUGAUUAUUUAAAACUAAACGCCUUUUACCUAUAAUUCUUAAUUCAAAAUUUAAAAAAAAAAGCAAUGAAUAAUUCAAAAUGGUGGGUUAAUGUAACCACAAUGAAUGUAUCUUUUUAAGUAUUCUUGUUUAGUUUAAGACAAUCUCUGUUAUUUAUGUUUGAUAAUGUGUUUUUAUUUGAGCUGAUUGCCACAUGCUAUUCAUGACACUCAUCUGUCCAAAUUUUUACUAUCUAGUAUGAUGAAUGACACUGGCGGUGCCAGAGCCCAAAUCACAACAUGAAUUAUUUUCAGUUCUUCUGCAAUCCUGUAGUGUCUCUUAAGAAAAUAAGCGGUUUCGUUAAAGUACGCUUUAACCCUCUACGUGAAUGUCUCUAAUCGUAUGAGGCGUUUGAAAUAAAACCUACAUUUUUAUAAGAGUAUGUAAUUUAUAGAAUAUUUUUAUUAGCAGGCAUCUUUUUUCGAAUAUUACAAUUUGAUUGCUUCAAUGUGUGUAUAAAUCUAUGUAAUAUGGUAAGUUAAGUUGACUUUCUAAUUAUAGGCUUACAGACGCUAUUAAUUAUAAGUUUAUAUAUUCAUUAAAUUAAUAAAAUUGUAAAUUAUUGUUCGUAAACAACAAUAUAAGUUGUUUACAACAACAAUGUUUACGAUGAACGGACCUAACCGUAUUUUUUUGGUGUAUUUAAACAUAUUGGUGGUAAUGUAACAUUUUUUCAGAUCUUGAAAUGGUAUCUAAUUAUAUUGUAAUUCAAUGUAAUUUUAUUUUUUAUAUCAGGUUAGUUGCUUUAUCUUGCAGUCAGAGAUUAAAGAACUAAUUGAAGUUAGAAUCUUAGGUUAAUCGUCUCCGCUGCGCUCCAAUAAGAUACCGCACUACCUAACAACAAUAGCUUUUUUAUUACGGCAAUUUUUUGUUACUUGUAUGCGUGGCAUCUUGACACUCAAUGGCAUCUUUCAAAUUUAGUAACAUACGCUUCGUGUUAUUAACAUUAUUAACAUUAAAAUUAAUAAAAUACAAAAUACUUACUGAUAAUAUGUGAUCCCAGUGUCUUUCUUAUUUCUUCUAGUAUUAAUAUUGCAAAGCUUUACUACGCAACCCGGCAUUUUAGUUUCAAUUAUUAGUUGCCACACUUUGCGACUACGCCUGCGGUUUCUAGUUGGUGCGCAGCGGAGACCAAUCCUUAAUCUAAGGUUAGAAGUAAAAUAAAAACAGUCAACAGGCUAUUAUUGUGACCGGUCUUUACAAAAAUCAUAAUCCUAUACAUAAAUUUAAGUUUUUGUAUAGUACCUAAUAUAAUGUUUAGAAAUAAGUUGAACGGAGUAAGUAAUGUAUGCGAUUAUUAUGUAUCUAAGUUUAUAUAUUAUGAAUAGUUUUAAUCUUUAUAAUUUUAUUUAUUAAAUUAUUUGAUCGUUUAUCAUUCCUUUGUUGUUCAUGUUGUAACUCAUUUUCACUGUUAUUGUUUAUUAAAUGCUUUCAAUUUUUUUUUCAAA